CAGACCGUCCACCGCCCAUGCCUACACAGCUCCGUUCACAGACCGCCCAGUCGCCUUGCGGUCUUCGGUGUAUUCCCUUCCCUUAGUUUACUUGAACCACUCAAUUUUGAGAAUCCAAAACAAGAUCUACUGAGUGUCUCCAGUGUUGUUUUCUAACAACUUAUUGUAUUGAGAGAUUCACUAUGUCAACAUCAGAAGCAACGCAGUUUUACAAUAACUUUUCAAUUGAAGAGCUUUAUGCUCCUCAGGCUCAAACAACUCAAGCUUGGGAUCAGUCUUCAUGUAAUGGUGCAACAAUGUUUCCCACUCCAAGCCCAUCACCAACUAGCCAUCAAACAAGCCCUUUUUCAUCCAGUUAUUCUGAAGAAGGUGAAAUGGCAUACAGUGAAGGGGAAGUUAAACUACGAAUCAUUGAGCAGCCAGUUCCCAUGUUUAGGUUUCGUUAUAGAUCUGAAAUGAAUGGUGCCCAUGGAAGUUUGCUUGGUCAAAGCGAAAAUCCGAAGAGAAAAACUUACCCAACUGUUGAACUUGUCAAUUAUGACGGGGAAGCGAUAAUACGCUGUUCGCUGUAUACAGCUACACCACCACACAUUCCACACAUGCAUCAACUUAUUGCUAAACCAUCCAACAACAGAGAGAUACUUGACCAUGAAGUCACUGUUUCUGAUAGAAAUGGUUACAGAGCAGAAUUCAGAGGAUUGGGUAUAGUUCACAUGGCAAAAAAAAACCUUACCAAGGAGCUGAUGAGGAAAAAAGAAAAAGAUCUAAUUGAGAAAUUGAAAAGACAGAAGAAUUUGCCCCACUUUGGGGAUGAAAGACAGCAAAUUGCCUUGAAAGAAAUGCUUCCUCAGCUUGAAGCAGCGGCCAAAAGGGAUGCAGAAACAAUGGAUGCUAAUAAAUUACGUCUUUGCUUUGAAGCAUUUGAAAGAGGUCCAAAUGGUGAAAUGCGUGAAUUAUGUGAAAGAGUGUUCUCUGAUACAAUUCAGAAUAUGAAAAGUGCUGAAACCGGAGGACUUAAAAUUUGUCGAAUUGACAAAUGUGCUGGCUCUUGUAAUGGUGGUGAUGAAAUCUACAUACUUGUGGAAAAAGUUUGUAAAAAAAAUGUAAAAAUCCGCUUUUUUGAGGAUGAUGAGCAUGGACAAGAAGUGUGGAGUGAUGAAGGGUUGUUCAGUGAAAAUGAUGUUCAUCACCAAUAUGCAAUAGUAUUUAGAACUCCACCAUAUAAGAGAACAGACAUAGAAAAAGAUGUGUCUGUCAAAGUGGAACUUGUAAGACCAAAGGACAAUGCAAGAAGCGACCCUGUUCCAUUUCGUUAUAAGCCUGCUCGACGAUAUGGCCAGAAGAGACCAUGUCCUUCAUUUUCAAGCCUUGAGAGUAGCAGUAGUUUUGAGGCUCCGAAAAGAUCCAAAGCCCCAGUCAUGAUCUCAGGCGACGACCCUAUGAUUAGCGGUGAAAAGGCCAUCAGUUGGAAUUUAUCCAGUGAAACAUUAAACGAUGUCAUGAAAGAUUUGUCAUCAGAAGUCCACAUUGAUGAAGAUUUUGCAAACUUCAUUUUAUCUUCUAAUUUAUCUUCUUAUUCUCAGGCUUUGAAUGAAUCAAAAGAUAGGGGUGGAUGCAGAGUUGAAGAGGAUCAGAAUAUGCUUCUGCUUCAGUCAGAACACUGUGACUUUUCUCCCAACAUGUCUUCCCCUGGUUGUCUAGAGACUUUUGGUGAUUUGAGUAUUGAGAGAAACUCUGAUUGGCAAACAGAUGGGCCAGGAUCAAAACAGAACAAAGAAAAACAUGUAGAUGUAGUUGUUGAAGGCGUGUCCAGUAAAAACCAUUUGGUGAAGAAAACUGCAUCAAGCUCUGAGGAUGAGGCAGUAAAAGUUACAUCAAAUCUUGCUAAAAAUGCUUAUGAUAAAUUAUUGAAACUUAUGAAGAGUCGGCACCCUAGUAGAUUACAGGAUAUGAAAAAUAUUAUCAGAGCAGAGGACCAAGAAUUUGGGCCACUCCAUGCUGCUGUUAUUCAUGGCCAAUUAAAGGAAUUGAGUGAUCUCCUUUCUCUAGUGAUUAAAAGCAAUCAACUAAAACUCAUCAAUACCAGUAAUCGCAGAAGACAGACUCCUUUGAUGGUGGCAGUUGAGGAAAACAGAGUGGAUUGUCUAAAAUUGCUUUGUAUGGCAAGAGCUGAUAUCAACCAGGCAGAUUACGAAGAAAACACUGCUUUCCACAUUGCAGUCAAAAAUAAAAAUUCAGAAUGUCUACAAGUACUGCUUUCAGCCAAGAAAUCACAGGAUUCCAGUUGCAAAAUUGAUUUAAACAGAAGAAAUGAAUAUGGAGAAACUGCUCUUCAUAUUGCAGUCAUGAAAAAAGAUAUGAAAUGUGUUACUCAGCUUGUAGCAGCUGGGGCAGAUCUUAAUGUUAAAACUGGAACCUCUGGAUCAACACCGCUUCAUAUAGCAGUUGAAACUAACUCUUCAGAGAUAGUUCGGUUGUUAUUGAGUCAAGAAAAUAUUAAUGUGAAUGAAGUUAAUUUCAGCAUCAAAACUCCUGCUGAUUUAAUAAAGCCAAGUCAAAAAACAAUAACAUCAUUAUUCAUGAAGGUAAUUUUGUUU